GCAUCAAACCUUUAUAUAUAUAUAUAUAUAUAUAUAUAUGAAAGUAUGUAAGGAAUUCAAGGCAAUGAAAUUAAAGUAAUAAACGGAAAAACAUACAAAAAUUCUUGUCUUCAGAAAGAACAAAGUGCAGGUAAUCGUAACAUGUGUGAUGUUUGUGGAGAAGAUGAGAAACUCGCGUACUGUGACACAUGUUCGGUCUCGUAUCACGUACAAUGCCACUAUCCUGCAAUAGAUCUGAAAGAUAUUUCUACUGAAGAACAGGUAUGCCGCGUCUGUUUUGCUCGUGAAAAGGAGAUUUGGAAUGAAGAAAAAGAAAACAAGGAAGAAAUAUCUGCUUUAGAACUAUUAGCAGUGGCAGCGUCUGUAAUAAAGUCAAAAGAUCUUGAAUCAUCCGAGUUGCCUGUAAUGUCUUCUGAAAGUGAUAGAGUAAAACAUGAAGCUGAUGAGACAGUUGAAAAAAGUUAUACUUUAGACAAUAACUCAGCUUCACUGCCAGCUCGUUCAUGUUCUCAAUGUGGACGUACAUGCAGAAAAGUUCCAUUAAUUGCAUGUGACUAUUGUCCAUUAUACUUCCAUCAAGACUGUUUGGAUCCACCACUGACUACUUUUCCUAUUGGUAAAUGGAUGUGUCCUAAUCAUCCUGAUCAUUUGAUAAAGCAAAAUCUAGCAACUUCUUGUCAAGUGACAGAACGUAUGAAGCUGUGGGAUGAAUAUGUGAAUCAGCCACUGGAUCAGUGUGCGAUAAAACUGGACUUUACACGUAAAACACGUACUGUCAAUCCAUCAUUUCGUACAAAAUUGAUAACAAAAGGUCGUCCCAGAGUAAAAGUUCCUAGCUGUAUAAAAUUUUAUUAUAAGAAUCCAGUGCGAGUAAGUCCCUCAAAUUGUUCCCAAAGUAAUCUUACAUGGUCUGUAAAUGCCACUGUAAAUGAAGGUAACCAACAUAUAGAUUUUGAAGAAAUAAAUAAUAUUGAGAAAAACUCAGUUAAAGAAACGGAAAAAACUAAUGAGAUAAAGUGGGAAAGAGAAGAAUGUGAUAAAACUAUAAAUGAAGAAGAAAAUAAACAAAUCAUCUUAGAUAAGUGUGACACUAGAAUUAUGCCAGGUGAUACACAAUGUACCAACUUUGAAUCUCACAUAAGAUGUGAUUAUGAUAUUACAAAAGAUAUCAAAUUGUUAGAAAGACCAGUAUUGGAAGUAUUAGCGCUACAAAGAUUAAAACAGAUACUAAAUGCGGAGAGUUAUAAGGAAAACAAUUGCCAUAAUAGAGUUAGAGCUGCACUGUUUUCUUUAAAUCCUAAACCUAAUCCACCAAGUUUUAUGACUUGUGGAAACUAUGUUAUCGGUAAUGCUCCGAACUGUGAUUUAGUUUUAACUAAUUAUGGUAACUGUGGAUUUACAUCUUCUAAACAUGCAGUUAUAUUUUUUGAUCAGGUGUCCAGCUGUUUCGAAUUGCUUAAUUAUAGCGAAUAUGGAACAGUAGUAGACAAUGUGCUAUAUUCUUGUGAUUAUAUUCCUGAACAAACAAAAGAAGAAAGAUUAGAAAAAGGAGCACGCACCACAAAGGAAGAUGAGACCUCUGAAAUAAUAAAAAUGAUCUUACACAAGGAAAAUGUGGUAUAUUUGCAAGAUCAUAUUCACAAGAGCAAUAAGAUCUGCAAAUGCAACAUGAAAAAUAAUAAACCUUUACAGGAAGGAUGGGAAGGAAGCGCUGUUAUCGCACACGGUUCGAUCAUUAGUUUCGGAUGCAUCAUGUUUGUAUUUAAUGUAUUGAACAUGCAUGUAGAUACACAAAGUCAAAUGUUUUAAGUAUAUUUUGUAUUGUAUAUCUU